GUGACAUUGUUAGCCAGCCGAGAAAUCGUGAGAGGACACACGAGUGUUGGGUGUCGUGUCCGCUAGGAGUUGUAUAAAUACAUUAUCCAGUUUCGCGAGAUAAACCGACAAUUAAUGCAUCGUGUAUCUCUCGCGUAUAUGUCAGAUUUCGCAAAUAAAUAGCAUUCCCUUGACGAAACUCUGAAACAGCUACAUACGUAGUAGAGAUCACGCUAAACUAAAAUAAUAUGCGAAUGAUGCAAUGUUUACUUGAGUGGUGGGAAUUUAGACAUUUGCUAGUUCGGAAUAACGUUAUAUAAUGUUCAACAAUCCAUGAGAAAUAAAAAUGAAUGCUAUUAAACCUUAUUUUCUACCGAAAAAAAUUAAGAAACGUCAUGAGUUAGUUCGAAUUUUUCACGUGAUGCGUCAAACUGAGCAACAUCACAGAUAAGAUAUAACAUAAUUGAAAGUGAACCAAGCAUACGUGUAACGGAACCGAUCAGAAUAAUACAAGACGAAUUUUAAUAUUUCGAUAUUGAACAAACAGUUCUUUGCGUAUUAAAAACAUUGCCCAGUUUAAUUAUUAAAGAAUUUUAAAGAACGAUUUGACAAGUACAAAUAAAUUGUCGAACAAUUCAAAAUAACAUGGCGGACAAUGCCCAUAUAAAUAAAUUAGAAUCCUACUUUGGAAGGGGUGAUCAUACAUUCAAAGUGCCUAUGUCUUUGUUUCAAAAUAAUCGUAAACGUUUAAUUGAACGUAUUAAAUCUAGAACAGAAACUCCAAUUGCGGAUUGCUUUAUUGUCCUUCAAGGUGGAAAUGAAAUUUCAUUUAAUGAUACAGAUAUAAAUUGGCCAUUUAGACAGGAAUCAUUUUUUCAAUGGUCUUUUGGUAUAGAAGAACCAGGGUGUUUUGGUGCUAUUAGUCUAACAGGAAUUUCAAUUUUGUUUGUCCCACGUUUACCAGCAGAAUAUGCAAUUUGGGAGGGGAAGUUGUAUACUUUGGAGGAUUUUAAACAGCGGUAUGCUGUAGAUGAAGUUUAUUAUACCGAUGAAAUAGCUGAAACAUUAAAGAAAAAGGCAGCAACUCUUCUUCUUACUUUACAUGGUCGCAACAGUGAUAGUGGUUUGGAAACUCAAGAAUUAACUUUUGAUGGUAUUGAACAGUUCAAUGUAGAUAAAAAACGUUUAUAUCCAGAAAUAUGUGAGUGCAGAGUCAUAAAGUCCCCACUGGAAAUAGAGGUGUUGAAGUACGUGGUUAAGAUAAGCUCUGAUGCUCACAAAUGUGUUAUGCGCACGGUAAAACCAGGACUGGCAGAAUUUCAAGCAGAAGCAGCUUUCAUGCAUUAUGUGUAUUCUGUAGGAGGUUGCAGACAUGUGUCCUAUACUUGCAUUUGUGGCUCUGGACAUAAUGCAUCGAUAUUACAUUAUGGACACGCGGGUGCUCCCAAUAAUAGAGUUAUAAAAGAUGGAGACAUGUGUCUGUUUGAUAUGGGUGGAAACUACUGUGGAUAUGCAGCCGACAUUACGUGUAGUUUUCCAGCGAAUGGGAAAUUUACUGAAGAUCAAAAAAUGGUGUACAAUGCGGUGCUUGCAGCUCGUGAUGCGGUAAUGAACGCUGCGAAACCUAACGUAGCAUGGACAGAUAUGCAUCUAUUGGCGAAUAAAACUAUGUUGACUUCAUUGAAAGAAGGAGGAUUACUGAAAGGCAAUGUCGAUGAUAUGAUAAAGGCAGGAUUGAACGAAAUUUUUCAACCACAUGGUCUUGGUCAUUUAAUGGGAUUGGACGUUCAUGACGUUGGUGGAUAUCUUCCAGGGUAUCCUGAACGUUCAACUGCUCCAGGUUUAAGAAAGUUGAGAACCAGUCGAAUUUUAGAAGUCGGCAUGGUUUUAACGAUAGAGCCAGGUUGCUACUUUAUCGACUGCUUGUUAGAUGCAGCAUUGAACAAUCCGGAUCAAUCGAAGUUCAUCGUUGUUGACGAAUUGACGAGAUUUCGUGGCUGGGGUGGUAUUAGAAUUGAAGAUGAUGUUCUUGUAACGGAAACUGGAGUACAAAAUUUAACAGACGUGCCACGCACAGUCGACGAAAUAGAAAGCUGGAUGGCUGGCGGAAAAAAAAAAUUUGAAUUGGACGCCUGCGAGAACCCGAAAAAACUCAGUAAUGGCAGGAUUGGUACGUCUUAAUGUAUGCCAGUGUUUGACUAAGAACUCGGAGCAAAGACCGAUUAUUUACAUAUUCUGUUUUUGUGAUAUAAGAACAGUUGCCGUACACGAGACAUAAUGUUACAAAUUAUUUUUACGUGCAUUUCUUAUAACGUAUAAAAUGCAAUAUUACCGUUUUGUACAGGCACGAUACAAAUUUUUCCAGAGAUUGUAUACUACUGAAGAAGAAAGUAAAAAGAAAAUAUUUUUCUUUA